AUGCAGUGCCCAGUUGGGGUCACGUCGCCAGUGUUCCUCAAUUCCAUGACUGAACACCUCAACUCCAAUCUGCUUAUUCCGACUGCAGUAGGCUCCAGUGUUGGCGCAGGUCAACAAUACUCAGUUGAAUAUUUAUCGCAGCUGCUCAAGGACAAGAAACAGCUAUCUGCCUUUCCAAAUGUCUUUCAUCAUUUGGAGCGACUUGCAGAUGAGGAGAUUAGCAAGGUUCGAGUGGCUUUGUUCCAAUUCGAAUUCACGAAAGAGGAAAUGAGCCUUCCCGAACCCGAAGGGGAAGUACAAAUUACUACCGAAAAGGUCUUUGUUCCCGCUAAGGAGCACCCCGAU